AUGCAGAUUUUUGUCAAGACCCUCACUGGCAAGACCAUCACCCUCGAGGUUGAGUCCUCCGACACAAUCGACAACGUCAAAGCGAAGAUCCAGGACAAGGAGGGAAUCCCCCCUGACCAACAGCGCCUUAUCUUCGCCGGCAAGCAGCUCGAGGACGGCCGUACGCUGUCAGAUUACAACAUCCAGAAGGAAUCCACUCUUCACCUUGUGCUUCGUCUCCGUGGCGGCAUGCAGAUCUUUGUGAAAACGCUCACAGGGAAGACGAUCACCCUUGAGGUCGAAUCGUCUGACACGAUCGACAAUGUCAAGGCUAAGAUUCAAGAUAAGGAGGGCAUUCCACCAGACCAACAGCGCCUCAUCUUCGCUGGCAAACAGCUGGAGGAUGGUCGUACAUUGUCAGACUACAACAUCCAGAAAGAGUCAACGCUUCACCUCGUCUUGCGUUUGCGCGGUGGUAUGCAGAUCUUCGUGAAAACACUGACUGGCAAGACGAUCACUCUGGAGGUUGAGUCGUCGGACACUAUUGAUAACGUGAAGGCGAAGAUUCAAGACAAGGAAGGAAUCCCCCCUGAUCAACAGCGUCUGAUCUUCGCAGGGAAGCAGUUGGAGGAUGGCCGAACUUUGUCGGAUUACAAUAUUCAGAAGGAGUCGACGCUUCACCUUGUUUUGCGACUACGUGGUGGCAUGCAGAUUUUUGUCAAGACGUUGACAGGAAAGACAAUCACGUUAGAGGUGGAGUCGUCGGACACGAUUGACAACGUCAAGGCCAAGAUUCAAGACAAGGAAGGUAUCCCGCCAGACCAACAGCGUCUUAUCUUUGCUGGUAAACAGCUGGAGGAUGGUCGCACUUUGUCGGAUUAUAACAUUCAGAAGGAGUCCACGCUUCACCUCGUUCUCCGUCUCCGCGGUGGUAUGCAGAUUUUCGUGAAGACGCUUACGGGCAAGACUAUCACGCUGGAGGUUGAGUCGUCAGACACGAUCGACAACGUGAAGGCCAAGAUUCAGGAUAAGGAAGGUAUUCCUCCCGAUCAGCAGCGCCUUAUCUUUGCUGGAAAGCAAUUGGAAGACGGGAGGACGCUGUCGGAUUACAAUAUUCAGAAAGAGUCCACUCUUCAUCUUGUCCUCCGCCUUCGUGGUGGGAACUGA